UUGAAAAUCACAACUGGACAAACAUGUCAUUAGAUCCAAAAUAGCCAAAAAAAAAACUCAUCUUGCUAGUAAGUACAAUCAAUAUAAUGGUCAAACAUCUUCAACUGCUGCUAAUAAUAUUAGCUGUGUUAUCUGCUCGCGUUACUGGGUCGUGGACUUCUUUAGCAUUUGUCAUCCCUGACUCAUAUGGUGAUGAUCUUAAUCUAAAAUGCUUCGAUUUUGGUGCUUCUUUCUGCACAUUUGGCUACUUGGUGAAGAAUAACAAGUGGCCUCUACGUUGGAAAGAAAAAUACAACCAAGUGUUUGACAUACUGGUGCACAGAGCCUACAAAAACAUCAACUGGUUCUCAUUCGAUAACAACGAGCUCGGGAGAUGUUGCCGCUUCCAGAAUGAUAUGUACGAGCAGGAGGGUCGUCAGAAGGGAUUAUCGCCUGCCGAGUACUACUACAAAGUCACUGAUUUCUCCCACGAGGGCAAACGGCUAAACUACUUGAGGGUGAGCAAUAACUUCGGAUGUGGUUACUUCAUAUGGGCGGUUGGGUUUGGUCAGGGACCCCUGAGGGUAAUAGAGGACACUCCCCGAUCAACUCCCAUGGAGUUAGAGACAUAUUUCCUCAUCCAGGGCACAGCUAUAUUUCGAUUCCUCACUACUGGCGAACUUCUGGAACAGCUGACUUUCUUAUGGUUUAAGCAGGCCUUCAUUUGCCCGGAGAAGCCUUGGUUUUGCUUGGAAGAUCUAGUUCACGAUGAGUUCAAAAGAAGAAGAUUGAAUGAAAACUCAACAAACCUAACUUGAAACAUUUUAAAUAUUUGAUAAUGAUCUGAUUAUUAGUUAUAACGUCAAUUAUCAAAACUACUGGACGAUAACUAUUUUCCACCCACACUUAUAU